AUGGAACAAUUCAACAAGAACAAUCCCUCCACCCCCCAUGGCCGAGAGGGCAGCCUGUCUUCCCUUUCAUCCUCCAUCAACGACUCCGCCUACUCCAGCCCCAGCGCAGGCGCCGCGCCCAUUCGCUCCCGCGCGCCCUCCUACACUCCUUCCUACAUGAACGCCCAGGUCCCCAUACGGAAACCCGUCGGCGCUCAACAGCCCAAUCGCAUCCCCAGCGGACUCGCCGGGAGCACCAUGCCUCCUACCAACCAACCCGCAGUCGCAACUCCUCCUCCUCCACCACCACCACCUCCACCCGCCUCGAAAGGCACUCUCCUCCUCGCCAUCGCCACCACCCCUCAUCCAUCGACCCGCUUUUUCCUGCGGUCAAUGCUGAUCCGACGGCUGUACAAACAAAUCGUGGUGCUGGGAAACGCCGCCUACGAAACACAACUCAAGCAACUCAAGAUUGAAAUAUACUCAAUAUUGGGCAAUCUCGGGCAAGAGGUCGCGAUUCAAAUGGCACUACGACCUAAUCUCGACGAGGCUGAAAUCUACACCGUCAUCUCCAAAGCCGUGGCGGACGGCGAGGCCGUGUACGGCGUGCUGUGCAGUCCUGCCUAUUCCUUCACCCCCAGGCAGGCAGCGAGCAGCGCUAGCGUCAUGAACAUUGACCAGGCGGCGCUGGAGGCCUCGUUCAAGACGGGCGUCGCCUUUUUGCAGAGCGUGGCGAAGCAAGCUAUUCCCAAUUUCCGCGCUGCGGCACAGGAUUCGAAAGUGCAGCAAUCGGGUUUGUUUUUGGUUACGGGGCUCGCGAAUGAGACGGAAGGCGACGAUUCCCACCUUGCACUCAUCAACAGUGCCGCGUGCAGAUCAGUCAUGACGCUGUUGGUCGAGGCUGCAAGUGGGAGGGGCCUAACGAUUGACUACGCGGAAAAUCUGCUUUUGCCGGAGCCGGAGCCCGUGGUUGUGGAGGCCGAGGAGGAGAAGGUGGUGAACGGUGUUGCUAAGCCUGCGCCGUUGAACGUGAGGAAGGCUGCUGCCGCCACAGCCGCGAAUGGCUAUGCGGAGCCUGAGUCGCCGACGCGAUUGUGGGCGCUCUAUAGCGAGAUGGGCGCCGCCGAGUGA